AUGACCUGCACCAUCGAAAAGAUCCUGACAGACGCCAAGACGCUGCUGGAGAGGCUACGGGAGCACGAUGCAGCCGCCGAGUCUCUGGUGGAUCAGUCGGCGGCUCUGCACCGGCGAGUGGCAGCUAUGCGGGAGGCGGGGGCAGCGCUUCCGGACCAGGUCAGGCAAAGAUAUCAGGAGGAUGCAUCCGAUAUGAAGGACAUAUCCAAAUACAAGCCUCACAUUCUGCUGUCCCAAGAGAAUACACAGAUUAGAGACUUGCAGCAGGAAAACAGAGAGCUAUGGGUUUCCUUGGAGGAACACCAGGAUGCCUUGGAACUCAUCAUGAGCAAGUACCGGAAACAGAUGUUACAGUUGAUGGUUGCUAAAAAAGCAGUGGAUGCUGAGCCAGUCCUGAAAGCUCACCAGUCUCAUUCUGCAGAAAUUGAAAGUCAAAUUGACAGAAUUUGUGAAAUGGGAGAAGUGAUGAGGAAAGCAGUUCAGGUUGAUGAUGACCAGUUUUGUAAGGUUCAGGAAAAACUAGCCCAAUUAGAGCUUGAAAAUAAGGAACUUCGAGAAUUAGUAUCUAUCAGCAGUGAUUCUCUUCAGUUCAGGAAAGAAGAUUCAAUGGACGCUGCCUCCCAAGCCAUCAAAUAA